CGGCUCGUCUCCUGUCAGCCUCUCCCGCAGCGUCGCAGCCAGCCGCCGGCAGCAGCCGCGGCGCUCGCUGGCCGACGCUUUCCUCUCGCCCCCCGGCACCAUGAUCUUCUGGCUAUGGCUCUGCUGGGGCUUCUCCGCCUCCACGGCGCAGCCCGACUCGGAGCUGCUGGCGAGGUACCUGGAGGAGAAGCUGCUGGCAGAUUACAGCUUCGCCGAACAAGUUGCACGACGUGUCCCAAGGCAGACCAGAUUUUUACAGAGGCUGGAAACGAGGCCUCGAAUGUCUGAAUUCAAUGUGAAAUCCACAAUCAUUUCUCGCUAUGCUUUCACCACGGUGUCCUGCACGAUGGUAAACAGCGGAUCUGAGGCACGAGAAGCUGUGUUUGAGAUGCAGAUCCCAGCUGCAGCCUUCAUCUCCAACUUUACUAUGAGCAUUGGCAACAAGACUUAUUAUGGGGAAGUCACAGGGAAAGAAAAAAAACAAGGCAGUGAAGACAAAGCAAAGAGCAGGAAGCCUCCAAGCCCCACAAAUGGAGGGGAGAAGGGCUAUGAGACAUUCAAAGCUUCUAUUAUUAUUCCUCGUAAGAUGCAAGCCAACUUCCUGCUGCAUUAUGAAGAGCUCUUGCAAAGGCGACUGGGAAAAUACGAGUAUACAGUCAGCAUCCGGCCCCAGCAACUGGUGGGGAGGUUACGAGUUGAGGUGAACAUACUGGAGAACUCGGGCAUAAUUUCAUUGGAAGUGCCUCCCCUUCGAAACAGCAAGCACAAAGGCAAUGGGAAAGUUGAAGGUGAUACCUCUCCUCCUCCUUCCACUGUUAUCGGACAUACCAAAACCCUAGCAAAAGUAACCUUCAGUCCCAAUGUUGUUGAGCAAACCAAGAUUGCCCGAAAUGGCAUUUUGGGAGACUUCAUAGUUAGAUAUGAUGUCAACAGGGAGCUGAGCGUUGGGGAUGUUCAGAUUCUUAGUGGGUACUUCGUGCAUUACUUCGCCCCCAAAGAUCUUCCUCCAUUGCCAAAGAAUGUCGUCUUCGUGCUUGACAGCAGUGCAUCCAUGGUGGGAACAAAACUGAGACAGACCAAAGAAGCUCUCUUCACAAUUCUCCAGGACCUAAGGCCUGAAGACCACUUCAAUAUCAUUGGCUUUUCCAACCGAAUUAAGGUCUGGCAACAGGACCGGCUAGUGCCAGUUACUCCAAAUAAUAUAAGAGAUGCCAAAAAGUACAUUCAUAACAUGUCACCUACUGGAGGGACUAAUAUUAACGGUGCUCUCCAGACUGGUGCAAAGCUGCUAAAUGAUUACAUCGCUCAGAAUGACAUCGAUGCCAGAAGCGUCUCUCUGAUCAUCUUCCUCACGGAUGGGAGGCCCACUGUUGGGGAGACCCAGUCAUCCAAAAUCCUCAGCAACACCAAGGAAGCCAUCCGUGAUAAAUUCUGCCUCUUCACUAUUGGCAUUGGCAAUGAUGUGGACUACAAGCUGCUGGAGAGGAUGGCGCUGGAGAACUGUGGCAUGACGAGGCAUUUCCAGGAGGAUGAGGAUGCAGCCAGCCAACUGAAAGGGUUUUAUGAUGAGAUAGGGACACCGCUUCUCUCUGACAUUCGAAUUGAUUACCCUAAAGACAACGUGGAGCAGGUCACCCAGAACUUCUUCCCUAACUACUUCAAUGGCUCUGAAAUUAUAAUAGCUGGCAAACUCAUCAACCACACCUCAGAUAGCCUCCAUGUGGAGGUGACUGCUAGCAACUCCAAGAAGUACAACCUCCUCAAAACAGAUGUGGCUGUCGACCUGCCAAGCAGAAAUGACAUCAGAGGUGUCUCUGGCCUAGAAGAUGGCAAAGGUGAUCAGAAUUACAUUGAGAGGGCGUGGAGUUACCUCACCAUCAAGGAGUUGCUUAACUCCUGGCUGAAGAGUGAUGACAAACAGGAGAAGGACUAUUUGAUGGAGAAAGCCAAGUCAAUGGCCCUUACUUACAAUUUUGUUACUCCCUUCACCUUUCUGAAGAUGAAAGAGGCUGGGCUCUAUUCAGAACCUCCUAAAGAGGAGUAUAUCAGCCCUUCUACUGAAGGCAUUGGUGAAAAGCUACAGAGCUUGCAAGGACACAAGGCACCACCAGGUAUACCCAGGCAGCAAGAUAAACAAAGAAUUAAAAUCUCCAAAACUUCAGCGGAUGGAGACCCUCACUUCGUCAUUGAUUUUCCCUCCAGAAAGUUCUCUGUCUGCUUCAAUAUUGAUGGAGAACCAGGGGACAUUCUCCGACUGGUCUCUGAUCAUAAGGAAUCUGGUGUAACUGUGAAUGGGCAGUUAAUUGGAGCUCCUGCACCACCCAACGGCCACAAGAAGCAUCGGACUUACUUCAGCACCAUCACUAUCCUCAGCAAUAAGCCAGAAAGAUCCUACCUAGAGAUCACACCCACCAGAAUCAUCCUGGAUGAUGGGGAAAGACUUGUUCUGCGCUGUGACCGGAGCACCACUGUGCAGAGCAGCAGCCUCGAGGUGUCUAUCUCUGCCAAUUCCAACAUCACCGUGACAAUACGAGACACAAUCAGCUUUGUCAUCCUCAUUCACCACUACAAGAACCCAGCACCCUAUCAGAGGGAUCAUCUGGGUUUCUACAUCUCCAACAGUAAAGGUCUCUCUCCCGACUCCCAUGGGCUACUGGGUCAGUUCUUGAACGAUGAAGUUAAGCUUCUUCAGGAAUCUCUAAACAUGAGUCAUCAGCUGGCUGGUCAGAACAAAACUGAAGCAUUAAAGUCAAACCCUACAAAUACCCUGAAAGUAAAGGGACGUCUCGUUCCUGUUGUAUGGAAACAGAGGAGGAUCUACAAUGGCCAGCAGGAAGUUGACUGCUGGUUUGCCAAAAACAAUGCAGACAAACUGAUCGAUGGGAGCUAUAGAGACUACUUGGCUUCUCAUCCUUUUGACACAGGAACCAGCUUUGGGAUGAUUUAAUAGCCUUUAAGACCAAUCAUAGUAUCACAUUGCAGCAGCAUGUGUGACAGCGGUUCCUUUCUGAAGCCUCUAGAGCUAGGCAGCUUCUGAAUAUUUCUUUAUUUUUGGGUGCCGAAGAAACCAAGGUUUUUCCCCUUGGAAAUCAGCUGUCUUUCAUCCUAGAUGAACAUGGGUCAUCAAGUUCCCGAAGACAAGGGGAGGGGGAAGGGUUAAGGACACUGUUAAAGGCAUGAUCAGUGCUCCCCCAGUGGGAGGGGAGGGAGAAAGGGGCCAGCACUUGUAUCUAACAGUGCAGAGAACUGCUGACCUUAAAAUAAACCCAUGUAGCAGUCUGUGCAAUACCCCCAGUGGCUGGUGAGUCACCCAGUGUGAGGCACAAAUCAGACAGCAUGAUGCACAUCUAAAGAGGCAACCUUGAGUGAUACACUUUGCAAAGACAUGAUUUGGAGCACCUGAUUCAACCAUGCUCCCUGGCAAAAGGACAGAGAGAGAGAGAGACAGAGAGAGACAGAGACAGAGAGAGGAGAUACAGGUGGAUAUUCAUCUACAGAAACCCAUUAGCAUCAAAGGUAAAAAAAGAAAUUGAAACCUUAAAUCAAAAAAACUCAAGAGGGUAUUGCUUUCUUGGCCUUUCGGAUGGGGCCUGCAUUGGCCACUAGCAGUGUUCUCUAAACCACUACAGACCCAUUAGUCAAUGGUGAAAACCAUCUUGUGGUUUAUUGCUGCCUCAGAGUACAGGCCUUGUGUUCAAAAAGCACCUUGGAUCUUCAGCACUGCCAGGAAUGGUGUCAGCUCUCAUUCCAUGAAACAUCUAAUUGAAAUAACCUUUCAGGUUCAGUGUUUUAAACCAGAUUCUUUUUUCCCCUCAGAGAAAACCAAGUUUCCACUGGGAGCUGCCAUCUCCUUGAGCAGAGCAUCAGUUCUGCUUAGCAGAGAUUUAAAUUCUCUAGAGAUGAACCACAACCCUCGAGAGCUUAUGACCCCACAAAACAGAUCCUGACUUGAAUUCAGACUAGACUUUCCUAGCUGCUUUUUUAAUCAGGGAGGAAAUCUUUAUUUACUCCAGAUCUUCAGAAAAAUUUCAUCCCCCUCUCCCUAGCUGCUUCUCUUUCCUUACGCUGCAGGAAUUUGGCAACAGGGAGGUUAGGAAAGGGCCUGCCAACCACCCCCACUGCAGGUGGUGCUGCUCUGAAAAGAAACCUCCAAACCCAAAUGGCAAGGCUGUGGUCUAUUUUAAAGUGAGGCACCACUGAAUAAUGUUAUACAUCAGCCACAGGGGAGUUUGCUUAGUAGGGAACUCAGCCAGCGAGGACUUCAGCAACCACAAAAUUUACAUGUCAAAACCAAACUGAGCUCAUGUAUAGUCUGCAUUUCCAGGACUGAAAGGAGGAGGGUGGGGGUGGAAGUAUCUUCAGCAGCUAAAUUAUAUCCAUGUGUUAGGAGAGAAAUAAGGAGUUGCCAGAGAUCUACAGAAAUAGGUUCCCUCAUCACUGAUUUUUUGCAUAUUUAAAAAUUAAAUCACAUUGUUGCUGCAGGAGGUCCGUCUGCUGGAGCACCAGGUGCUUUCCAGCUGCCUGGCCAUCUAGUUAGCAGCACUAGAACCGUAAGAGCAGAGCAGGUAGCUAGCAUUCACAUCAUGCCUUGUGGGGAGAGGGAGACAGCCCAGAGCAACCAGCUAGAUUCAGUUGUGCUCUGGAAGGUCCUUAUAGAAAGCUCAGCCAGCACAAAACUCACGCCAAGGCAUGUGCUUUGGAAUGAAACGUGAAGCUAAAGCACUGCUUUGGGCCCAGCUAUCUUGGGAAACAGCUCUCUUGCAAGGGAGAACAGAAGGCAAGACUGUCAGCGUAAUCCUGAGCAUCCGCUAACCAAAGAGGCUAAGGUUCAUUGACAUGCACAUGAGAAGGAGAGUGAGAGAACAGGAGCUUCUAUGAAGUUGAGUCCUCCUCCCAAGAGCAUGGUGGUAAGAUCACCCAGCCCAUUCCUGAAUAACCUCCUGUUUCACUAGCACAGGGUGAGCAGGAUAGUGGUAGUGAAUUUCGAGACAGUUCUGGGUUCAGCAGCUGUCUUCCUUCAUGCUGUCCUUACUGCAAAGGGAUUUCUUUGAAAUCUUCACUCUCCUCCCACAUUUUGCUGUUCAAAUAUAUUGCUAAGAGGAGCAGUUGGCUCCCUUUUCAUCUCUCCUGUAUUUAUAUAAAUAUACAUGCAUUGCUAACGCUUUAGGUGCAUCAUUGCUCCUCUUCCCCCAGCCAAGGAAACAUAUUUCAUUCAGGGCCUGGAAAAAACAAUGAUCAAAUCCAACUUCCCAGCCACGCGAAGCACCUAGAGCAGUAUACUCAAGUUCUCAUAAAGGCUCCAGUUAUCCAUUUCACAAUAAAUAUUUUACAGUGAAACUGCA